AUGGCGCAGCCCAAGGAGAAGGAGGGCUGGCUGCGCAAGAAGAGCCACCACGUCGGCCUGUGGCACUGGCGCUUCUUCAGGUGCGACAACGGCAAGCUCCUGUACUGGAAGCACCAGAGCGGCGCCAUCGACAGCGAGAGCGCCAGAGGGGAGCUGCCACUGAGGGGCAUCCACGCGGCCGCGGCGCCAGGCGGAGGCCCCUGGCGGGGCUGCGGUGCCGGGCGCACGUCCUCGGUCAGCUCCUCGGUGCACGCGGCGCCAGGCGGCUGCCGCCUCCUGCUGCGCUGCGCCGACGGCGCCUACGACGAGGAGCUGAUGGCGGCCACGCCGCAGGAUCGCGAUGACUGGGUCGCGCUCCUGAACCGCGAGUCCCUCCGUGCAAGGGCCGCCUUGCCGCACGUCUCCCCCGAGAACUUCCUGAAGGCCAAGGGCCUCUGGGAGCCGCUGCUGCAGCGAGCUGCGGGCGAGCUCGCCGCGGGGGAGGGCGAGGCCACGCCUUCCUCCGCAGGGCCCGGCGCUGGUGCCUCGGCGGGCGGCACGUCCGCCGCCGCCAUGCUGGUCUCGCACACGAUGUCCGGGCCGGCGCUGCUGAGGCUGUCGGACGGGACGUCUGCUCCGAGGCAGGGGCCGCUGGUGGUGGCCGGGAGGCGGCUGCUAGCCAGGAAGCGGGACGCCGCCGCCGUGCUGGAGACGCGGGUGCUGCUCCUCAGCGGCCGCACGUUGGGCGCGCAGGGGCAGUGGAGCGGGUGGCAGGCCCAGCCGCCCGCCGUGAUGCCGAGCGGGGCGGGCGCGACCAUGACGACCAUGCAGUCGGAGGCCAACGGCGUGGUCGAGUUCGAGACCUUGCAUGCGUACUCGCACCGCCUGGACAGCUCCAAGGCCAUCGCCAGCCUGCCGCUGCUCGGGUGCAGCGCGGGGCCAGUGGAGCAGUGCGCGGACGGCAGCGGCUGGUGCGUGCGCGUGCUGGAGGCUGCGCAGCUGCCCGCGUCCCCCUCAGCAUUGGGAGGGAGCGAGGCGGAGGUGCAGCGGCGCCCCGGCGGCUGGCAGAGCCUGGGCGCCCCGCGGCAGGAGCGGUGGACGCUGAUCUUCCACUCCCGCGAGAGGUGCGAGGAGUGGCAGAGGGCGAUCCAGCUCGCCUGCUCGGCGGCAAAGGCGCAAGAGGCUGGCCGCCGGCGCACGCGCGAGGAGGCCCUGGCGGAGUACGACGCGGACCCCGCCGCGUGGCGGCGCGGCGCCCGCCGGCGGCUGGCCGAGGCGGAGGAGAGCGCCGCUGGCGCUGGCGCCGCAGUCGGGCUGCGGAUGGUGAUCCAGGCCUGCGACGAGGCGUGGAACGAUUCCGAGGACCUCCUCGACAGCGCCCUGCAGCAGAGGCCCUGGCGCCGGGACGCCUGCGAGGCGGUGCUGCAGGCGGCGCUGGAGCCCGCCCUCGCGUGCGCGGGGCGCGCCUGGGCCCGCUGGGGCGGCGAGCUGCCUCCGGAGGACGGCCGCGCCCUCCUGCGGUGGCUGGCCGCGCGGCGGGCGGCGUCGCACCGGCUAGGCGUCGUGUGCCCUGCCCUGAACGCGGCAAUCUCCGGGCUGUCGGCGGAGCUCUGCCUCCGCGCAG